AUGGCUAUUGAUCACUGUUGUAGUCUUGAUGAAUUAAUUGCUAUAAUUUCAUAUACACCUCAACUUCAUCGACUAACUUGUAAACAUAUAGAUGAAACGAAAAGAACUAUUGUAAAAAAUACAAUAAACGCAAUAUUCAGUCUGACUUUUGUAUCGAUAGCUGCAUGUUACGCAGAUUUUGAUGAAAUAAAAUUGUUUCUCACUAAUAUAUCACCUCAACUAGAACUAUUACGUAUAAGUACUUUCAGAGAUAUUACUUAUUUGAAUGCUUAUCGAUGGGAACAAAUUAUUUCACAACAUCUACAUCAUUUAAAUACAUUUGAAUCUAAAUAA